UACUCCAAAUAAACAACAAGCGAGGACAAAAUUGUAAAUAAAAAGUCACACUAUAUCUUUUUAAACCCUAGAUCUCGGCCAUGUCUCUUAACCUUGCAACUGUUGCGACAAGAAAUCUUAGCGGCUGCUCUUCCUCUCUCUCAUUCUCCUAUCUACUCAGGAUGGAUUCACAGAUUAAGCAUGCCGUGGUGGUGAAAGUAAUGGGUAGGACUGGAUCCAGGGGUCAGGUGACUCAAGUCAGAGUCAAGUUUCUUGAUGACCAGAAUCGAUUCAUCAUGAGGAAUGUUAAGGGACCUGUUAGAGAAGGAGAUGUGCUUACACUCCUUGAAUCUGAAAGGGAAGCUAGGAGGCUUCGCUGAUGGGUGUAUUUUGCCCACUCUUGUUCUUAUGAUUUUCGUGAUAGUAGCAAGGCUGUUUUGUCAUGGUAGCUAAGAGUAAUUUCCAAUGCUUUUAUGAGUUUUGUUAUCUGGGUUCCAUUUUCUCAUAAUGACAAUAUGAAGACAUGAAUUUUGAUAUAUGGGUUAUGAAAAAGACCUAGAGUUUGGUUUGAA